AUCCACUCUACAACUACAACAAUCGCUAUACCAACACUCGUUUAAAUAACCUCGAUCUACUUCUCUUUCAACCUUUUACUCAAACCAAACCCAACAAACCAAACCAACCUUCAAAAUGCACGCCUCCGCUGCCGUCCUCGCUUUCGUCGCUGUUGCGGCUGCUGCCCAGACCCCUGUGGCCCCCGUUGCUACUCCCAUCGCUACUCCCGGUGCCCCUACCAACGGUACUAAGCCCGGUCACGGCUCUGGCUCUGGUUCCGGAUCUGGUUCCGGCUCCGGCUCCCAGACCCCCUCCGGCGCCGCCGCCCUUGGCCUCAGUGGUCUUGCUGGUGCCCUCGCCAUUGCUCUUGCUCUGUAAAUGUCUUUCAAUGAGACUUUCUCAGAGUUGGUGGAUAUGAGGAUCCUGCGACAGACAACCUUGUAGGGUUCUGGAGGAAUCGUGCUGGUGCGCGUUUAACUUUCGAUGGAGAUAGAUCGGGUUUUCGAUUGUCCCGACUAGAAUAGAAUAGAUCAAUGGAGCGUGAUCGCUCCAGCUACAUUAAUACUAAUCGCAUACCACCAUUUAACCAU